CACCACAAUUCCCAGUUAACUCAUUGAACGAAUGAGAGAACUCGAGCCAUCCAAUUGUCUCCACUUUUUGACCCGAGCCCGAAACCUUGAUUGAAGCAGGGAGCUCUGUCCCACCUCUAUCUUUAUCCAGCUGUUGCUAAAUCUCCCUCUCCUCGUUCUUCUCCUUACCGCUUUCAGGCCAUAACUCUCUCAAAUCGGUGAGUAUAUCUUCUACCUCUUCUCGGUUUGAGUCUACCGACUGAACAUCCUUUUCUUCUGAACUACAGCCAUCCGAACUGUCAUCCCUAAAAGCAGCCUCCUGAAAUUCUCCUAUGCAACCUGGUUCAUCAGGGAUUUGUUAUUAAAUCACCAUUCUUCUUGGCGGUUGAAAAUGAAAGUUGGGGGGGUUUGAGAGUUAAAAGAAAGAAGAUGGCAUCGUCAGAUGAUGAGGAUGAGUCUCUGCCACUAUCUGUUGCAAAUUACCAUUUUGUUGAUGACAAAGAUGACCCUGUUUCAUUUUCUGUUUUGCCAAUUCAAUGGAGGGAGACUGAGGAAAUCGGUGGUGAUAAUCCCCAGGUUUUCCUACAUGGGACUGCUGAUAAUGGGCUACAGAAACUAUAUAAGCAAGUUAUAGCAUGGAAGUUUGAUCUUUCUAAUGUGAAGCCCGAGAUUUCUGUACUCACAAAGGAGAAUAGUUGGAUCAUACUUCAAAAGCCCAGAAAGAGUUUCGAGGAUGUGAUUGGAUCAAUCUUGAUAACAGUGAACUGUCUUCAUUUCAUAAAUAGAAAUCCUGAUACAUUAGGGAAAUCUUUGUGGGAUCACCUGUCUAAAGUUUUCAGGUGUCUCUUACAUUUAUAUGAGGUUAGGCCUUCCAAGAAUGAUCUGGUAGAUCACUCUACUUUAAUCAUUGAAGCUAUGAAAAGGAAUGACACCUUAGCAAAGUCCAAGUUUUUACUUGCAUUUCUUGAUGAGAAGCCCAGAAAGAGGAAACUCCCUGAUGAGGAAAGGCAAGCAACAACAAUUUCAAGUUUUAUAGUUGAUGAAACAGAUGAGAAUAUAGUGGAUUAUGCGGAAGAGGAUGAUUCCAAAGAAGAUGAUGAACUGUUUGAUUCUGUCUGUACUUUUUGCGAUAAUGGUGGUGAUAUUUUGUGUUGCGAAGGGAGCUGUUUAAGGUCAUUCCAUGCAACUGUGGAGAGCGGUGAAGAAUCUCUUUGUGAUUCCCUUGGCUAUACGAAGGAAGCAGUAAAUUCGAUCCAGCAAUAUCUGUGCAAGAAUUGCGAAUAUAAAGAGCACCAGUGUUUUGUUUGUGGGAAAUUAGGCUCCUCCGAUAAAUAUUCAGGUGCUGAGGUUUUUCGUUGUGUUUCCGCAACAUGUGGCCGAUUUUACCAUCCACAUUGUGUUGCAAAAUUGCUCAAUCCGGACAAUGGAGUCUCUGCUGAAAACCUAGAGAAAAAGAUUUUUGAUGGGGAAUCUUUCACUUGUCCAAUUCAUAAGUGCUGUGUUUGCAAACAAGGAGAGAAUAACAAAGAUCCGGAUCUGCAGUUUGCUGUAUGCAGGCGUUGCCCUAGAUCUUACCAUAGGAAAUGCUUGCCAAGGAAAAUAUCAUUUGAAGACAUUGAAGAGGAAGGCAUAAUAACAAGGGCCUGGAUAGAUUUACUGCCCAAUCGUAUUCUUAUAUAUUGCUUAAAGCAUAAGAUCGAUGAGAAUAUUGGUACUCCAGUGAGGAAUCAUGUCAAGUUUCCUGGUGUUGAAGAACGAAAGAGCACUAUUGAAAAAAGGAACACUGGUAUUGGAGAAAAGAGACAAAAGCAGACAUCAGAGAUGCUGGCAGAUCGGAAGAAAACUAAGACUAGAGUUCUUCCCUUGGAAAAAUCUCAUGAAGGAAGAACAACUCAUGCUGAAUCCAAACAGAGUAAGAAGUCAUUUUCUGCUCUAAAAGUAGGUGGAAAGAACACUGGAAAAUUAUCUGUUGGAUCAAGUAUCUCUAAGAAUGUAAAAGUAAAUGAUGCAUCCAGAAAGGAAAUGAAUUCUCGCAUGACUGAGGAAAACAACUCACUGGGUGGUGAGCUAGACACACCAUAUAAUGAGAGGUCUAAAUCAGUGAAAUUGAGGAAGCGGGAUGUCAAGCUUAAUAAGGCAGCAAUAGUUAAUCCUACUUCAAAAAAAGAACUACCUCCAUUAGAUGCUGAUAGAGAGAAGAGAAUAUUAGAAUUGAUGAAGGAUGCAGAAUCUAAAAUAAAUAUUGAAGGUAUCAAACAAAAAUACAAAGUUCCGUCUACUCAUGUAACCACAAAAAAUUUGGCUGCAGAAAAAGCAGCUAUUACGCUGGGAAAGGUGGAGGUCUCAGUCGAGGCAAUUCGAGCAGCUUUACGUAAACUUGAGGAAGGGUCCAGUAUUGAAGAUGCAAAAGCUGUUUGUUCAUCUGAGGUUCUUGAGCGGAUGUUUAAAUGGAGGGAUAGGCUUGGAGUAUCUCUUUCACCAUUUUUACAUGGUAUGCGCUACACUUCUUUUGGUCGACAUUUUACAAAAGUGGAAAAACUUGAAGAGAUUAUCAAUAAACUUCACUGGUAUGUACAAGAUGGUGAUAUGAUAGUGGAUUUCUGCUGUGGUGCUAAUGAUUUCAGUGUCUUAAUGAGGAAAAAGCUUGACGAGACAGGAAAAAAGUGCUCAUACAAAAACUAUGAUUUUAUACAACCGAAGAAUGAUUUUUGUUUUGAGAAGAGGGACUGGAUGUCUGUCAAGCCAAAGGAGUUGCCAACUGGAUCAAAAUUGAUCAUGGGAUUAAAUCCUCCCUUUGGAGUUAGAGCAUGUUUGGCAAACAAAUUCAUUGAUAAGGCUCUUGAGUUUCAACCAAAACUUCUUAUACUUAUUGUUCCAUCAGAAACUGAAAGGUUGGAUGAAAAGAAAUCACCAUAUGAUUUGGUUUGGGAGGAUGAUCAUCUAUUAUCAGGAAAGUCAUUUUAUCUGCCUGGAUCAGCCAAUGUAAAGGACAAACAAAUGGAACAAUGGAAUGUGAAGCCACCUUUACUUUAUUUAUGGAGCCGGCCUGAUUGGUCUGACACACACAGGAAAAUAACUGAAUCUCAUCCUAAUAUAUUCAAACAAGAAGAGGUUGUGGCAGAUGUUCAUCACAAGGUAGUAAUCCAUGAUCAUUCAAUGGGUGACCAUGAUGAUUUGGGUGAAUUCCACGAUCGUGCCAUGGCUGACUGUGGCGAUUAUGAUAAUAAUCCUAAGCAUGCACUGGGUGACCCUGGUGAUUUUAGCUAUAUACCUGAUCAUGCAAUAGAUGGCCAUCAAAAUUUCAUGCCAACUAAUGAUCCUUUGGAAACUGAAAAUCUGAAGGGUGAUGUAACUGGGGUGGUUGGAACAGGAGGACGCAAGGAAUAUUCCCCUUCAAUCAGCAGUGACAGAGGGAAUCAUGAGAGUCCUACUAGGAAGAAAGCAUCCAAUGAGAAGUCGAAGAGGCAAUCACGGAACAGAAGAAAUAAGAAAAAAAGAGCAAGUGGCCAGGCUGAUACUAAGAGCAAACAGGGUAGUGGCAGUAGGUCUCUUGUUACAGAGAUGCCCAACAGAGUAUCUCCAUAUACAGACAGUAAUCAACAUUUUGAUUCCAGCGUGCCUCGUAUGCACUCCCAGUUUGGAACAGCGAAUGUUGAAGAAUUAGAUAGAAGAUACGCCAAUGUUGGAGAUGCACAUCAUUCUAAUUUUCCCACCAGAUCAGCUACUGAUUAUGGGGUUAGCUUUAGCAGUAGGCCAUUAGAUACGGACAAUAUGCAUAGGAGGGAAUACACUGUUCGAUCACAGCUUCAGCAUUAUGGCCAGCAAGAUCCGGAGGUCCAAGGAGGUUAUUAUCCUGGAGGUCCGGAUUCCAGAUAUGGUCAGAUUGGAACACACACACCAUAUCCAUCUACUUACGGGAAUCUGGGUCCAAUAUCUGAGUCUUCUUACAGAUCAAACUCGUCAGGAGCGCAGUGGUACAUACCACAAUCAGACCCUUUGCUUCACUCAAGAAUGCAUACAUUAGGGUCUGAGCCACCGCUACCCAUGUUUGCUGGAAAUAAUAUUUUCGAUCCUAGAGCAGUUCCCUCUUAUGGACACCCAGAUUUACGUUUGAGCUUUGCUUCUGGUCCUCCUCACCAACCCUAUUCACACAAUUCCGCAGGUAGAUGAAAAGUUCACCUUAUGAUUUGGUUUUGGGAUGAUGUUUCUACAAGCUUAAUGGAUUUAGUAUUCGGAAUUUUUGUUCGGGAUAGCACCACUUCAAAUUGUGCGUUCAUUACUGUAAUCAUUCUCUAUUUUGUUGGAUAAGUAAAUCAGGUUGACUCGGUAACUCGUUAAGUUUUACUUUUAGAAAUAUCUUUUUAGCUAAAGUAAAACCGAACAAGCCUUAAAUACUGUAGAACGGCAUUAUUUGUCAUGGUUUGUGGAUUUUUUUUUAUUUAUUAUAUAUUUAGGAUAAUUUUCUA